GCCAUACCCUUAAUCUUCAAAACCCAUCUUGCAAGACUCAGUAUUGUGUUCUUUCUUCUUUCUUUUAUAAAAAAUCUUGUUUCUUUCUCUUCCUUUGAAUCCCAAGAUGGCACCAGAAGCAACAACCAAAACUGUGAGUGUCCCUAAGAGAGCCUAUGUGACCUUCUUGGCUGGCAAUGGUGACUAUGUGAAGGGAGUGGUUGGUUUGGCUAAGGGUCUGAGAAAGGCCAAGUCAGCCUAUCCUCUUGUAGUGGCCAUUUUGCCUGAUGUGCCUGAGGAGCACCGUCGCAUACUUGAAUCUCAAGACUGUAUUGUCCGUGAGAUUGUGCCUUUGAGCCCUCCGGAGAAUUAUGCUCAUCAAUUUGCUAUGGCAUACUAUGUCAUUAACUAUUCUAAACUUCGUAUUUGGGAGUUUGUGGAGUAUGACAAGAUGAUCUACUUGGAUGGUGACAUACAAGUGUUUGACAACAUUGAUCACCUGUUUGACUUGCCGGAUGGGCACUUUUAUGCUGUGAUGGACUGCUUUUGUGAGAAUAUAUGGAUCAAUUCUACUCAACACAACAUUGGCUAUUGCCAGCAGUGUCCAGAAAGGGUUCAGUGGCCAGUUGAGAUGGGCUCUCCUCCUCCACUUUACUUCAAUGCAGGCAUGUUUGUUUAUGAGCCUAAGCUUUCAACUUACCAUGAUCUCUUGGAGACUGUCAAAGUCACUCCUCCAACUUUAUUUGCUGAGCAGGACUUCCUUAACAUGUACUUCAAGGAUAUAUAUAAGCCCAUCCCUCCCAUAUACAACUUUGUUUUAGCCAUGCUUUGGCGUCACCCCGAAAAUUUCAACUUUGAUGAAAUAAAAGUUGCUCACUAUUGUGCUGCGGGUUCAAAGCCUUGGAGGUACACAGGAAAAGAAGAAAACAUGCAAAGAGAAGACAUCAAGAUACUGAUUAAGAAAUGGUGGGACAUUUAUGAGGACGAGUCUUUGGAUUACAAGAAUGUCAUUGCUGUUUCAAAAGCUCAACCUGUCUUUGAGGCCCUACAGCUAGAGGAGAUUGAUGUGGUUGAUAACAUGGAUGCUCCAUCGGCUGCUUGA